UAAAAGCUCAACUCACAUGGCUUUCUUCUUUGUCUGACCAAUCAGUAGCAAUACUAGAACGAGACAAUUAACCCUUAAAUUACUAUUAUCUCGUUAUAAUCAAUCACGCUUCUCUUCAUCCUAUUGUCCUUUUCCUCCAAGAACAAUCCCAUCUUCUAUACAGAAUCUCUCCCCAUGAGUCACCAUCCAGUUUUCUUGAGAAAAACACUUUAAAAAAACUCCUAGUCCUCGUUUUCGCAGUACUGCACAAUACAUCUUUAACUCAAGACUGACAGAGAGAAACAACCAUGGCCACUCCUCUCAAUCUCACCUCCAACUUCUUCUUCUUCAUCUUCACAGUCACGCUCCUCUACGUGGCCUACACGAUCCCUAGACACGAGCCGAAAGAGACCAACCUGGUCUUCUACGUGCACGACUACCUGACCGGCCACGACGCGUCCGCCGCGACCGUGGCGGGGAAAACCGGGCCGGAGUCGAGCAUCCUGCACUUCGGGACGAUUCUGGUGGUCGACGACCCGGUGACCGAGGGGCCGACCAUCGAGUCGAGGGAGAUCGGGAGGGCGCAGGGGAUGUACGUAAACUCGCAGCUGGACGGGAAGGGGCUGCACCUGGUGUUCUCGGUGAUCUUCACCGACGGCGAGCACGAGGGGAGCACCCUGGAGAUCCAAGGGGCCGAUCUGUUCGCGAUGAAGGAGAGGGAGUUCGGGGUCGUCUCGGGGACCGGCCAGUUCAGGUUCGUGAAGGGGUAUGGGGUCAUGGUCACAGAGUCCAUGGACAUGGCCAACUUGAGAGCUGUGCUCAAGCUGAAUGUAACAGUCAAGCAUUACUGAAUAUGGAGACAAGUGAAGAGAUUGUUAAUUUGCCUU